AUGCCUGUAAUGAUCUAUCAUAUCUUCUUCAUCUCCAUCACGCUCUUUUCAGUACCGGCUUUCUCUCUUGAUGAGGGAUAUCGGGGGACUUUGAGUCUGGGGCCAGAACCCAGGACGAACGGGGAGCGAAUGGCGCUUGGGCUACCGCCGCUCCCGCCGAAGCGCUUUGCAGAAAUACUCGCAAAAAGACAUAAACGGCCUACUCGUGUUCGCGUACACGGCCGGCAUGCAGCUCCUUCCCCAAGUCCAGUCGCUGGAUCCCAAGGGCAGCCGCAGUUUAAGAAACUAAAGGUCACUCGCUGCGAGGACGGUGCGGCAUUAGGCUACGUCGCCCGGCCGUUUCACAAUCGCGUGAAGCCGUUUGGGCUUACUCCUUCCGAGUCCGGGGCGCUUCAGGUUCGGUGGCAAGGAGACGACGCCGGGCCAGUGACCCUUCUCAUGAAGAAGCCAGCAUCUGUGAGGGAACCGUACUUGGGCCUUUCACCGAAUCAGUCCGAUACGGCCAUAGGGUCGGGAAGUUCAGAUGUUCUGAAGCUCGUGGCCUCUCCUCGCGACGUAGUUGUGCCACGUUCGAACAUGUGGAUCGUCAACCAGACGCAACUCAUUCCCUAUUAUGCCAAUGAUGGUGGAUCGGUUCCUCAGCUUAAAUUCGUGUAUAGCCCUGCACACGACCAAAUUGCCAUCACGUCAAACGUCACUACCUUCGAUUCCAUGUACACAGACUCAAUCGACGUCACUCUUACCCUCUUAUAA